AAGACCGCAAUCGUUGUCAACGAUAGUCGACAGUAAGCCGUAGGCAACAUGGGGACGCACAGCACCAUAUUUGCCUUUCUAGGCGCAGCUUUGUACCUUUGCGCCGUUGCUUUGGGUGAGGAACUGUCAAAUGAUACGGCACUCGACGCGUCUCUCGUAGCUAGCAAGUCUACCACCCUGACGUGGGGGACUCCCUUUCCAAACCGAGCGAUUAGCGUAUAUUCAGGAAAUUUAAUCACGCUUCGCAUGGUCAAUGAAUUUGAAGAUUUGAGCAGCUGUACAGCCAAGUUACCAAGUGGUGAAGAAUUUAACGUUCUUAACGCCACCAAUGACAGUUUGGAUGAUAUCCGCUCCUACGGUCAAUGUGGUGUCACAAUUCGAGUGAACAGCGACCAUACGGGCACCUGGCGAUUGGAUGCUAUAACUGGAGAAGAAAUAAACUAUUUUGCGACUUUCUCAGUCUCGGUUCUACAAUAUAGCAAUGCUUCCACUGAGUUAACAGUGUUGCACGUCGAACGCGGUCAAUCAACCACCAUGACUUUUGGUCCAAGCGAUGCGACUUCAUGCAGGCUCACAAAUCCGAGCGGUCAAACCUUGCCUUUGGAAGUAGGAUCUUGCCAAAUAGAAAUCUCGACCGUCACCAGCGUACAUGAGGGAUUCUGGACGGCAAGCUACAGUAUUGCAGGAAGAAUGGAUCUCAUAGAACACGUGACUGAGGUCGUUGUUUACGAUAGUAGCUCGUUCAAUGCCACCGUUACGGUUUCUGAAGAUGGCAGCGUGAAUCUACUUUGUCGCGUGCGGGCCUCAUCCUAUUCAUUAUGUCAAUUUGUGAAACCGGAUGGAGAAAUCUUAAAUGUUCUCGAGGCUAUCGGUGAUGACAGGUACCUUUAUUACGGACUAGGGACGCAGUCUUCGCAAGAGCACGACUGUGGAAUAACCAUCUUGGAACCAGCCUCCUUAGAUUAUGGAGUGUGGAGGUGUAUCGUUAACACUGACUCAGGGUUGUCAGGUGCAGUGUUAACAGUGCCUACCUCUGAAAUAGAUGUAACCACAAAUGUUUACACUCCGCAUAUCACGGAAGACGUGUACGUCAAAAAGGGUGAUAGUUUCACGAUCAAGUGUAACGUGGACACGGAAUUGAGAUACUGUUGGGUGCGUAGCCCCAAUGGUACGGCCUACUCAGUAUCCUCAACCGCAUCUUCAUCCUCGACUCUCUUCUACGAUGGAAUGGGUCUGUCAUUCGGAGAGUGUGGCGCCGUAGUUCCAGCUUCCGAAGAAACGGAUGAAGGUGAUUGGCAAUGCAGGAUGGGGACUGUCGAUGGACAGGAAGUUAGCACAAAUAUCAGCAUCAUUGUUACAGAUACGCCACUCGUCCCCAUCGCAAGAGUGGUGUCCUUGGGGCAGAGCUUAACGCAGCUAUCUUGCUUCGUACCUCCUGGAUAUGAAUAUCCCAUCAACUACUGCCGAUGGAUACAACCGGAUGGAAGUGGUAUCCAACAGUCGACGAACUCCCGGUAUAAAACUGGACAAACAAUCACUAGCUGUGAGCUAGAAUUAUUGAUGGGAGUGCAAGAAUCCAAUGACAUUGGAAACUGGACUUGCGUCGCAGGUCUAGAAGGAAUCUCCGAAGAGGUCUCAGCCACCAUCCAGGUUCAACGAGUAACAGCCGAGCAUACCAGGAACCGUCAAAGUUAUUCUUUCAGCAUGAUUCUUAGCAUCGGUAUGGCCGUGACCAUUAUCGCUGGCCUUAUCGCAGUUACGAUCCGUUCUAAGCUGGUGAGGAACAAGAAGUCGGACCUGCCCCCUAGGUACCAGGAGCAUGGCACGGGACUUCAUUGCUCGACGCUCCCCGUUACUAAUCAAUCAUGAUUUUGGCGCAUCGGAAGUUGAUAUUUUGCACGCAUUUGAUUAUCGGUACCCUACUUUUUUUUUCAAAAACAACGUGUAUGGACGUUUAUAGUUUAUAAUACUUAGUCGUAUCUGCAAGGACAAUGGAUUCAACUACAUCUUAAAUCUUCUUCCACGCCCUCAUCCCACGUAUCUUCGAUAUUCACCAUAAAUCCUAUGACCGCCUCAGGAAAGUGUCGUUUAUUACGUCGUCGCAAAAUACCCGGCCGCAACCCGCAGGCAGCACGUUUCUCGAGAACACCGAUAAUUGCAUGUUUUUGACAAAUCUCCAGCACGGUGACCGAAAAAGUUGCUGAUCUAGGGACAAAAAAAAAAUGAAAAAAUUACACACAUCGUCUUACAUCGCUGAACGCAAAGAGCUCGAUCCGCCCCACGAACGUUUCGUCCCCCGGAAGAUCCUCGCCCGGGGGCAUGAAAGACGGACCUCAUCUAGGCGAAGCAGUGCACGCCCACGCCUCGAGUGGUUUCAUUACAUCCACAUGGGCUUGCUUCGAGAUAUGAUGGCGCACCUCUGCGCCAGUAGGUUUUGGCGCGUGCGAAUGUAUGCGCAGGGCGCGUGUCGUGACGACUGCGAUAAUGGAAUAUCGCGCAUCCGGAGUAAGGGUUCAUCGACGUGCGGAUGCAGCGGGGCGCCCCACUUCCCGGAGUACGGCUGCAACAACAUCACAUCGGGUGCUGUGAGAACCUCCAUCCUGGACUGCCGAAACCGAGGCCUGCAAGAGGAGGCACGCAGGCAAGCACGCAUCACGCACGCACGCAUAGCGUUUGGCCGAUUCUCGUGGGCGCGUGAAAUAACCCGCGGGAAAUUGGUAUAUCGUUGGAUACUUCCAUUGUCAGUAUGGGAAGAAGGUCGUGAAUUAUGACUCUCGAGUUUUGUGUAGGGUCGUGUAAACAUCUCGAUUGCGUUACAGCUGGUAUCUGCCUGUGUCUAUACCUGUACGAUUUCGGGGGAA